AUGAAAAAUACUAACGCGGGACUAUUCCCAAUAUUUGUGGCUAAGGACUUACACAAACUACCCCCAGUAACAUUCGAUCAUGUUGAUGCAACUCGACUUUUGAAGGAUAUAUUGAGUUUAAAAAUGAAGAUUACUUCUUUGGAGAAGAAGGUUGUAGCAACUGAGAAGUUCGAGUUACUUAAGCGAGAAGUGGAAAUAAUGAGGGACGGACCCUUAAGAAAUACGCCUUUUUCGUACAGGAAUAUAAAUGUUAAAAGAGGUGGAUUUUUACCAAAUAGCGUUAAUGACGGACCAUCUAAUAUGUCAACGUUUCAUUUCGACAACCGCUCAGAUAGGGUGAGUCAUUCGUCACCGCCACCAGCUGAUUUGGAUGAAGAUUUUGUCUCUUUUACGCAAGUGCAAAAUCAGGCGUUAGAUACACUGUCGCGCGUCGAGGCGUCAGUUUGUACUUCGGGUUCUAAUCCGACGCAAGAUGGCGGAUACGAAGGCUGCACUGACCCUGAGAGAGUGAGCGAGACAUCGAGGCGAGUGGAGGACGCGGCGUGUACUGACCUUAGAGCUGAUUUACUCAGGGUGUACAAACUAGAUCCAUGUAGAUAUCUCACAGCACCAGGUCUCUUGGGGGAUGCCAUGUUAAAAGAGACGGGUGUAAAUCUUGAACUUCUUACUGAUUACGAGAUGCUUCAAUUCAUACAAUCAGGCAUUCGAGGUGGGAUCAGUCAAGUUUCAAAAAGGAAUGCUAAAUCCAAUAAUAAAUUUACGGAUCCCACCACGGAACAGCAGAGAGUUUAUAGGUCUACGAUCAAAAAUGUACAGUUACAAGAAAAUACUAAGAUCAUUGACUUUUUUUCAUUAGCACUCGACGAAUCCACUGAUAUUAGUUCCACAGCUCAACUUCUCAUAUUCAUACGAGGUGUUACUCAAGAUUUUGAAGUCUUAGAAGAGUUAUUAGGAAUGUGUUCAUUGAAAGGUCAAACCAGAGGAGUUGAUAUACUCAAUGUACUUUUGGAUGAGUGUUCCAAAACUGAUUUGGACUUAUCAAAAUUAUCGGGAGUUGCGACUGACGGUGCUCCUUCGAUGAUUGGUGUCAAUUCUGGGCUAGUUACUUUGCUGAAAAAGCAUCUGCAAGAAAAAAACAUAAACGCUGAAGAUCUCAUGCAGUUUCACUGCAUUAUACACCAAGAAGCCCUCUGUUCUAAAAAAAUUGAAUUUCAAAAUGUCAUGAUAGUGGUAGUUUCAACUGUAAAUUUCAUAAAAUCACGAAGACUCAACCACAGGCAAUUCAAACAAUUCCUUGAUGACAACGAAAGCCAAUAUGGAGAUUUACUGUAUUAUACAGAAUUGACAUUACAAAUCAUUUGA